AUGAUUAAUCAAAAUUAUUAUAAUUAAUUGAAAAUUUAGGAAAAUAGAUAUAAAAAAGUAAAUUGUUUCUUUACCAAAAUGAAUAAAGUUGCGAUUAAUAAUAGUUAAAAUACUGACCAUUUUUAAAGGCAAUCUCCCAAUAAGAGCAAAACAGUUUAAAUUAAUUUUGGAGAAGGUUAUCAUUUUUAAAAUUAAAGCAAGCGCUAAUCUUCGAGCCAUAAAUAUCUUAGCCCAAAUUAUAAGGCUACUGAUAGUCCUCCAAAGAUUAAAAUUAGCCAAGUAAGCUAAUAAAUAAGAAGCUAGUAGUAAGUUUAAAAAAAGGAAUACGAUUCGCCUGAUAAGGAACAAAAAUAAUAAAGGGUUUUAAAUAAAUAAAGUAGCUUAAAUUUGUCUUAAUGCAACCUAAGCUAAAAUGGUUAAGUUUCUAGUAAAAAAAAAAUAGAAGGAAAUUCAAGCAUGGUACAUUUCCAUCCGAUGACUAAUUAAAAAUCUCCAUAAGCUAUUGGUUAAACUCCUAAAUUCUUUUAAAAUGGAAAAUCUAUGUAAAUUAGCACAAUCAAUUCCAUUCCAAAUAUUAGUCAGAGUCAAGUUAACUGGACAAUAACAGAACUAGGAAGUCAGAUAUUUGGAACAACUAAUGAAUAGGUGAAUGAAAAAAUGAUUAAGAUAUGUUCAGAGAAAAUUGAGUAAGAUCCCACAAACAUUAAGCUUUACCAAAAAAGAUUUUAGCUAUAUUUAAAAUCUGGAAAUUAUGAAAAUGCUAUUAAAGACUGCUAGUAUAUUUUAAGUAGGGAACCUAGAAAUACAUUUGCAUUAUUUUCAAGAGGAAAUGCGCUCAUGUAAAAAGGGGAAAUAGAAAAAGCAAUUAUUGAUUUUGAAAAAGUUCUAAGCAUAGAUCCGGAUAAUGUAAAUGCAGCACUUGCAAGAGCUUCUUGUUGGAACAUAAAGGGUGACUACGUUAAGGCUAUUGAUUAAUACGAAGAUGCUCUUGAAAAGGACAUAGAAAAAACAUCUAUGCUGAAUCUUUCAAUCAAUUUAAAAAGAAACUUUAAAAGCACAACUAGUUCCCAAACAUGCCAUUUAGAUCGCUUAGAAAAAGAAGAACUUCAAUUUGGAAGUGAUUAAAAGCUUAGCUAAUUCAAUAGUCCAUUUUUAGAAGUAAAGAAACUUUAAAGCUAAAUAGUUAGCUCUCAUUCAAAAUAGAAGAGUGACAAUUCUUAUUAAAAUUUGCAGAGAAGUCAAUCAGAUCAAGUUAACAAGGAAUAAAAAUUUCUUCAAACUGGUUUGUAGGUGAAAUCUUUUAAUGGCAGUGAGUGCUAAUCGCCUAUUCAAGAAAAUAAAUCUAAUUAAAUUGCACACUAAUCAGCAUUUAGUAAGAUUAAGUCAGGUAGCAUUACUGAAUAGCAAGAUAUCACUAAAUAGACCAGCAACACUGACAGCGAGGAAAGGAUUAACGAAUAAGCUAAUUUUUACUUCACUAAAGGAUUUUGUGCAAGAUAAAGGAAAGAUUACUGGAAAGCAAUUGAAUUGUAUUCUCAUGCAUUAUCACUUAAACCAGAUUUCUUAAAAGCCGUAUUUAACAGAGGAUUUUUAUUUGAUAAGCUCGGACAAUAUGAAAAAGCAUGUGAAGACUAUACUCGCUCUAUAGAAAUAGAUGAAAAAUGUUCUUUUGCAUAUUUUAACAGAGGUAUAAGCUUAAAUAAGCUAAAGAGGUAUGAAAAAGCUCUAUAGGAUUUCACUAAAGCCAUAGAACUAGACAAUACCAAUAGCGAUUUCUAUCUCAAUAGGGCAAACACCUAUUAAAAAUUAGAUAUGCAUACAGAAGCUAUCAAGGACUAUACAUUUUGCAUUGAUUUUUAGACUAGCAAACUCUCUUCUGUGCUCAUUUCAAGAGCCAUGAGCUAUGAAAAAAAUGAUGAAAUAGAGAGAGCUAAACAUGAUUACCAAAGGGCUAUAGACUUAGGAACAAAUUAAGCAUAAAUUUGCUUUAGCAGACUAGCAACUAUUUACUUCAUAGAUAAUAACUUUUAGCAAGCAUUAACACUAUACAAUAAAGCUUUAGAAUUAGAGCCUCAAAGCAUAUACUGCCUAGCAAAGAGAGCUUAGCUUUAUAUAAAAUUAGAGUUAUAUAAGCUUGCAAGUGAAGAUUUAUCAAAUGCUAUUUCGAUUAAAGAUAACAUAGAUGCCCUUUAUUAUUACCGUGGUAAAGCCUUUAAAUUGAUGGGAAAAUUAAUAGAAUCUACUGAAGAUCUUCUACAUGCCUCAACUCUUAAUCCCAAAGAUCCUAACAUCUUCCGCUUAUUAAGUAAAAACAUGCUUGAUUUAGAUUAAUAUGAGGACUCGAUAAAUUACAUUAAUAAAGAAAUAGAAAUUAUAGGUAAAUCAAAACAGUCUCUAUUCAACAGAGCAUUUUGCAAUAAUAAAUUAAACAAAUUUGAUGAAGCUGAAAAAGAUUUAAAGGAAUUAUUAUCAGAAGAUAAAGAUAAUCUAAAAUUGUAAAAGAGUCUAAGUGUUUGCUUGCUUAAUCUAAAAAAAUAUGAAGAAGCUUUAAGUUUAUUGAACUCUGUUAUUGAGAAAAUAGAUAAAUCAGAGGUUUCUGAAUAUUAUAAAUACAGAUCAGAAUGCUUCUAACACUUAUAAAAUAAAUAAAAAGCUGAAGAAGAUUUAAAAAUGUACUAAAAAACUAAGAAAUAGAAUUGA